GAUUCCGAGCUGCCUCUAAUCCCUUUGCCUCCCCCUCCCGACGGCCAUGGCAGCAGCGGCCGACGCCUCUCCCACAAAACUUCUCUCCGAAGGUCUCCCCGUUUCCAUCCCCAGACGAACGACGAUCCCAAUUCCAAGAAGAAUCCUGAGGAGAAACCCCAACUCCAAUCUACCCCUCUCUCGCCGGAUUCUAGACGGACCCCGAAGAAGCCCUCGAUAUCGCGCAGAACCCGGCAAGUGCACGCUGCCGGCACCGCCGAUGCUUCCCAGAGCCGAAGGAGGUCUCCGAGGUUCGCCACUAAUUCGGAUGAGGUUUACGAAGAAAGAGGACAAUUUGGAUAUCGAGCGGAGGCGUUCUGCGAGCGUUGGUGUUGAUGGGUCUGAGGAUGAGAGGGGUGAUGGAGGGAAGGGGAGGGGAAAGAAGAAGAGUAGAAAGAGGGAGGAGAAUGUUGAAAGUUGAGAUGGAGACUGGAAGAAGUGAGUUUCUGGAAGGGCUUACUUUUCGGCAAGACCAUCGCCGCAUUUCUGGAAGAAGGUCUCCAAAAUGGUGCCACAAAAGUCUGCACGGGAAUGCUUCAACAGGAUCCAUGCUGACCUUGCAACCCCAACUCAACCUCAACCUUGUUCAAGGGCAAAUAGAUCGAAUUUUUCUCCUGUAGGCAUUUUCACUUUGUCAGACAGUAAGUCUACAGAACUUAUGAAGGCAAAAGUCAAGAGGGUUAGAAGUAGUAGACAGAAGAUUCUUGUUGCACAGAAGACAGCAAGGCAUUUAAUAAGGAAGCACUGCCUUAUAGAUCGAAGCCAGGAAGCAGAUCAUUUCUCAAAUCUUGAAACUUUGCCAUACUUGCUACCUCUGGAACUUCCAGAGAUUAACUCACCUGAGACCCCUGAUUGCACAAUGAAUCCCUCCAUUUUUCUCGAAAAAUGCAGUGAGAGAUCUUCAUUAGCUCACAAGAGAAUGCUCUCAAGAUUCAAGACGAGGCAAGCUGAUCCAAGUGCUGAAGUUCUGAAGCAGAUAAAGAACCUAGCUCUGCAUAAAAAGUACAUUGACCACCUGCAUUGUAGAGAUGCAAGGAGAAGAACAUGUGCCAAGACCGCAAACUCCGAUGCUGAUUGGUGUAACAAGACCAAAACAGAGCUGGAAAUUGGAGCUCUCAAAGCUGCAAGAACUGCUCUCAUCUCUGAGGCAAGAGAUCACAUCAGUCAUUUUCAACAAAUGCAGUCUAACUUGUUAAGUUUUGACACAGACGACGACAAUGCUGAUACUGAUGAUUAUGUUGAUGAUUGUGAUGAAUGAAUACAAUGGGCAAGCAGCCAUGCAAAUGGCACCUCCCAGUAAAAUUUCAUCUAUUGCUGUUGUCAACGAGAGACGAGUCAUACUCAUUUUUCACUAAUGGAAUAGGCCCCAGCGUUCUGUUAUGCCCACUGCUGUUAAAGACCUGUUGAGACAGGCGUAUGCCUCUGUAACUCUUAAAAGAUAAAUGCAAGUGCUUCCAUGCCUUUUUUUUUCUAUUUAAGAAG